CCAUGGUUGGCGGUUGCCCUUGCACUGGAGAACCACAUUGACCGAAAACCGGAAAGGCAUCAAGGCAUAAAGAUUGCUGAUGCCUCAAAUAGAUCUCAUCUGAACAAAUCCAUCUCCAAUCACACGUGAUCAGCCCAGAAUUGGGAUUUGUUCGUGAAAGCUUCGUACUACGACGAGACCGACAACACCAGCGACCAGACAAUUCAGAUCAAUUGGAACCCGGAGCUACUUUGCGCGGUGCUGCCAAUAUCCGCCUGCGUCCCGUUCAUCCACCAACAGAAUGCGACUUUCCCAGCCUCUCCAUUGAUCGUCCUCCAUCUCCAUUCGAAAACCCCAUCCUCACCAUGGACAAGGUCGUCGCCAGGACGAAAUAUGUCAUCCGAUACGCGAAACGCCGGAAUGCCCAAAAGGCCGCGAAGGAGGAUUACGUAAAGCUCAAGGAACGAUUCAACAACAGCAACGAACUGCGCGUGCGGCUCAACGAAGUGCUUCGUGCCGCAAAGCAUGCACAGCGGGAAGACUGGAGGCUCGGCCCCCUCGCGCCUCGUCGAGACGUCGGCGAAGGUCGGACCAAGUACGGCUAUCUCGACGCCUUUCUAGCACACGGGGUCCCAUUUUCUUAUCAUGGAGGGGACCGAGCCAUUCGUGGUGGGGACCGUGUUGUCGUGCUCGCAGGUCGGGAUAAAGGGAAGAUCGGAAAGGCGACCGAUGUGAACCAUAAGAACAGGACGUGCAAAGUGGCCGGACUCAAUCAGUUUCAAUACUAUAGCCCCGAAUGGCAUCAAAAGGCAACGGGACUCCCAAACCCAGUCGCUACCGCGGAGCUCCCCCUUCGCCUUGACGAUGUUCGUCUGGUCUGCAAGCAUCCCGAGACCGGUCGUGACGUAAUCGUAGAACGUUUGGAGGAGAGAAGAGUCUGGCGGGAAAAACACAACAAACAUCAAACCCGAUGGUUCAUUCCCGGCUGCGAGACACCAUACCGAGCGGAAGGGAUGGGUGCUCCGAAAGCCACGCCCUCCCGGCCGACCGAUCGUGACACCCCCGACGAGCUCGCUGACGAAGAGACGUUCCAGCCGCAGCUCAAAUACAUGCCGAUGCCGGCGUCGGUGAUCGACGAGCUGCGUGGGAAAUACAGCAAGUUCCGCACGCGGCACGACCGCGAGUGGGUGGAGCAGAAGAAGCGGGCGGCGGCAGAGGAACAGCGGAAGGUGGAUCUGGCGGCGCGGAGCGGAUUGAGUCCGUUGCAAGAGUAUCAUCUGAUGAUGAAGCAGAGGAAGGUGGCGAAGGACCCGCCGGCGCUCAGCGAGGAGAUGUGGGCAAGGAUUGCACAGGUCAUGGCGGCACCGAAGGAAAAGAAGGCAACGGUUGUGCAAUCUUUGAUUGCGGCGCAAGAUACUUCGUCUGUCCAGGACGUACAGACACAGUCCUGAAGCCAUUGGGGUUGCCCUGCGUAGUGUUGGCAAAUCUAUGUACCAAUCCUACUUGUAUUAUAUGUAGAAUCCUCCCUGUACAGUGAAAGCGAAGGAAGCA